UAUACGAACCCUGUUGCCGCGCUCGACCCCCCAUCCGACGGUACCCGCUGGAUUUGCCCUCCAACAAACCUCCCAUCACCAUCUCCAAUUUCGACUCGAUCCCUGUGAAUACACUCCAGACACAGUCCCAGAGGCGGUGAAAAGAGGCAUGUGUCCUGGUUGUCUGUCGGCCGCUCCUGCAAGAUUAUUCUGUCCCACCUGUGACGAAUAUGACGUCUAAGGCUCCCGAUUCGGGAACCCAGAAGGAAGACAUGGCUGCUGAUAUGCAGACCCCGCAGAUCGAGCUCCCGGCCUCUCAACCCCCCGAAGAAGACGCGGCGAAUGCCCAAUCGAAGCCUCACCGGGACCACGCCGUCCGCUUUGCAUCUGUCAACGAGGAGAUCGAGCCCUCCCAGUCCGCACAGGACGCCUCGUCGCCUGCUUCCGACGACCAGCCGCAGCGGCCAGACGACCUGAGCCCGGACGCGAAGGACGAACUCCGGUCGCUGGCGAUGAGCCUGCAGAAGUCCAACCUACAAGAGUCUCGAAUGCGCAAUUUUGCCUUUGAAGCCGUCUCCCUGCCUCCCUCGAGGUAUCCCUCGAGGAAUAACUCUAGGGAAUCUAGUCUUCGAGAAAGCUCAAGGUCGGAUGGACAGUCACCUCACGGCUCGCCCCCCGUGUCCGCGAUGCAGUCACCCCCGCUGACCCCUGCGGCCACCCACUCCCGGGAUGGCAAGGCUGGUGAGAGCACCGCAACGCUGGCUCCCGUCAACCGAGACCAGGGAGACCAGGCUGCGAUGACUCCUCAGACCUCACCCCCGGUGUCCACUCCAGGAAAGCAGACGGCUUCCUCAAGUGCUAUCUCCUCCAGACCCUCAUCGGGAGAGCAAUUAGCGACCAAACGCAGCGGCCACUCAGAGGCUUCAUCAGCGGCUGCCGUUCACGCACAGAGGCACAAGCCACACUUCUUCGUCGGCCCCAGUACGGAUACGAGUUCGGUGGAGGGGAGCCCGCCGCCGACGCCAAAGAAUGAGACCGGAUGGUUGACCCCAUACGGUCCCUCUGGGACCAUGACUCCCAUGGGGGAGCAAGAUGAUCCGUACGCACGAAGCAAACGACCACCUCAGCCUCGAAACCUUGCCCAGCUAGACCAGAGGUUCAUCUUCGGGGGAAUCGACUCGAAGCGUCGGGGUCAAAAUUCCUCUGCAUCUCUAGCCGGUCUGCGCACCCCGCGCUCAUCUAGUACGAGCGACUUGAAAUCGCAGGAGAAACGGGGUUCGUCUAUCUUCGGCAAAUCUGAUAGCAAGGGGCAUCACAACAACCACCAUCAUGAACACCACGGCUCAAUGGCGGAGCUCAAGCGGUUUUUCAAGUUGGGCCACAAGCAUAAGCACGGAGGCUCGCCGAGCUUGAAGAAAUCGAGCAAGUCAUCGAAGAGCCCGCCUUAUCAGAUGGCGCCAUCGAACGUGCCGUUCGCGGAUGAUCAUGGUCUGAAUUCGAAGUAUGGGAAAUUGGGUAAAGUUCUUGGGUCCGGUGCGGGCGGGUCGGUACGACUGCUGAAGCGCAGCAGUGACGGUGUCACCUUUGCCGUCAAGCAAUUCCGGGAUCGUCACUCGUGGGAGUCGGAAAGAGAGUAUGCGAAGAAGGUCACCGCCGAAUUUUGUAUCGGAUCGACGUUACACCAUGGCAACAUCAUUGAGACACUGGACAUCAUCCACGAGGGAGGCCACUGGUACGAGGUUAUGGAGUAUGCGCCUUACGAUCUGUUCGCCAUCGUCAUGACAGGAAAGAUGUCCAAGGAGGAAAUUGCAUGUUCGUUUCGACAGAUUCUCAAUGGAGUGGCGUAUCUCCAUGGGAUGGGCUUAGCUCACCGGGAUUUGAAACUGGAUAACGUCGUGGUCAAUGAACACGGGAUCAUGAAGUUGAUCGAUUUCGGUAGUGCGGUGGUUUUCCGGUACCCCUUCGAGAACGACAUUGUUCCCGCUUCUGGCAUUGUCGGUUCCGAUCCCUAUUUGGCUCCGGAGGUGUACGAUGAGAAGAGAUACGAUCCCCGCCCGACUGAUAUUUGGUCCUUGGCCAUCAUAUUCUGCUGCAUGACACUGCGACGAUUCCCAUGGAAGCAGCCCAGGUUGACGGACAACUCGUACAAACUGUUUGUGUCGCCUCCAACACCCGGUACACCGGUGCCAGAUUCGCAACCCAGGCACCGUCCCAAGUCCACGGCCGAUCUUCCCUCGAUGGCAAGUGAGGUCCACAACCGCAUGGCGACGCCCAUGGCAACGCCAGUGGUCACAAGGCAGCCGAAUGGAACGUCUUCAACUUCCGGUGCUAACAGACCGCAACCGAAAUCUGAUCCCCCAACCCGCACGGACGACGGACCGAAAUCCGAGCCCUCAAAGCCCAAGUCUGGAGAAACGACCAGCAAAGAAGCUCCCCCACUGCCGCCUGGCUCGACUGUCCACAAGCCACAGGAGGUGAUCAGAGGUCCCUGGCGGCUACUGCGCAUUCUACCGCGCGAGAGCAGGUGGAUUAUCGGACGCAUGCUCAAACCUAAUCCCAAGGAGCGUGCAACACUGGAGGAGGUUAUCGCUGAUGACUGGAUUCUCCAUAUCAAGGUGUGUCGACAGGAAGAUUCCGGCACGAUCAUAAAAGCGCCCGGUCAUGAUCACGUCCUCGAACCUCCUUCACCCAGUGUGCCGGUGCAGAGUAAGGCCAAAUAAGAAGGCCAGAAUAACCGUCACCUGUUCCGGAACAACUAUUCAAGUACGGCAUACAUACCUUUUUGACCUUACUCCUUGAUUCCCUCAUGGUUCCAAUUGUGUCUUUCAUGCGUUUAUGAGGACGUUGAUGAUGCACCAUUUAAUCGAUUAUCCGUUCUUGCAUC